AUGGCUUCAGUUAUCCAUGUGGAGGCAGGAGCUUCCAAUAAGGAUGCGUACAAUUUCGACAGAAACAAAACGAAUAAAAUUGCCAUGCAGGAAUUGUCAGCUGACGAUGAAUCACAAUACAAAGAGGAUUUGUUCACACUUCUUAAUUUCAACAGAAACAACACAAAUAAAGUUUCCAUGCAAGAAUUGUCAGCUGAUGAUGGAACACAACACGAAGGAGAUUUGCACUCACUUCUUAACUUGUUGAAAAAUAAAUAUUCAUUUCGUGAUGAGACGAAUAAAAAUAUUCUGUAUGAUUAUGAAAUUCGUAGAUUUGCUGAAUUUUAUAACAUUACUGAUUUUUCCCCAGUUCUUGCGUAUUAUGAUUUAAUUUUCUGGUUACAAGACCCUAAUGGUGAUAUCUACAUUUGGUCUCGUACAGAUGAAUCGAUGAUACUUGGAGGACAUAAUAUGAAGGAGGCUCUGAUGAACUUUCUCUUUUACCAGGAAAAUCUUCGCUAUAUUGAAGAGUAUACUCAUGAAUUGUUGUCAGUGAAAAAAGUUAAAGAAGAAGCUGAUAAGUGGUAUGAAGAGAGUAAAGAAACUGCAAUUAAAAUUGUGGUAACUGAUGAAUUACUAAAACCAUUAGAAGAAAAAAAGAACAAAUCAAAAAAAG